AUUUAAACAUUUCUUCUGAUUGAAUAUUUUCAAAAAUGUGAUUACAUGUGGUUAAAUAAAUCUGAUAAAAGCACGUACAAUUUAGUGGGCUGCUGGCACAUCAUUCACCGUGCACGCGUUUCAACCCGGUUCGGCGGGAAUUCCCGAAACUGUAGAUUGCAGAUGGCUCAUUAAUUAAUAUUCAAAGAGAACGCGCUACCUGAUUGGCCGGUGACGAUCUGACGCUCACCCCUGCUGGAAUUCGCCGCCGCCACCACAGAUGAACCGCGCGGCGGAAGCGGUCAUCUGGAGGCGGAAGUGAGCGCCGUCGCCAUGGAUACGAUAAAGCGGUAAGAAGGCGCAGUGGACUUCUCAGCGCCAAACACAUUUGGAUAGAAAUAAACUUCAGUUUCUCGCCCUAACGUGAUCAACGGCUAAUCCGAGACAUUUAUAGUCGUUUUGUAAAUGGAAAGAUAGGCACCUUUUAGCGCAGGGACGUUUUUAUAAAUGGCUAGCCUAGGCAAAUCUAAGGGAAAAGCCUCCAGGAAGGAGCUGAGGUCACGGACCCCCACAGGUACGUGACAAUGGGACACAUCGAAUGGAAUGAACCCUUAGUAACAAAAGUCCAGAACCAGAAGAGCAUGCAUACAUUAAAAGAGCAACAAAACCUUAAGGAUUUGUACUUAAAGAGAAGGAGCUGCAAGGCGGGGCACUGCUUUGCCGUGUCUCGGAGGGUCAAAGCCAGAUCCCCAGCCUAAAGGCGGAGGACAUUCAGGCUCUGGCCGUCCGCCUGGAAGAGCUGCAUAAGGUUUGACAGGGCAGCUGGAGGCUCAUUCUUAUUUGGGUGGAGCUGUGUUCCAGGUGGAGGUGCUGCUUUGGGCUCAAUACAAACUUCUUUACCCAGCAGUAACAUGGAUCAGUUUACCUUCCCAUGCACGUGUCUGCCUUCUGUACCACUUAUCUGGUACAAGGACAUGGAUCAUUUCCAUACUGUGCAUUCCUGUCUCUUGUCUAUGUGUCUGUGUUUCCAUAUGUGUGUCUGUGUUCCUGUCUGUACCUCUGUGUGUCUGUGUUCCCAUCUCUGCCUCUGUGUGUCUAUGUUACCAUCUGUGUUUCUGUGUGUCUGUGUUUCGGUCUGGACCUCUGGGUGUCUGUGUUCUAUCUGCAUUUCUGUGUGUCUGUGUCCCAUCUGCAUUUCUGUGUGUCUGUGUCCCAUCUGCAUUUCUGUGUGUCUGUGUUCCCAUCUGCAUUUCUGUGUGUCUGUGUUCCCAUCUGCAUUUCUGUGUGUCUGUGUUCCCAUCUGCGUUUCUGUGUGUCUGUGUUCCCAUCUGCGUUUCUGUGUGUCUGUGUUCCCAUCUGCGUUUCUGUGUGUCUGUGUUCCCAUCUGCGUUUCUGUGUGUCUGUGUUCCCAUCUGCGUUUCUGUGUGUCUGUGUUCCCAUCUGCGUUUCUGUGUGUCUGUGUUCCCAUCUGCGUUUCUGUGUGUCUGAGUUUCGGUCUGGACCUCUGGGUGUCUGUGUUCCCAUCUGCAUUUCUGUGUGUCUGUGUUCCCAUCUGCAUUUCUGUGUGUCUGUGUUCCCCCUGAGCCUCAGGGUUUCUGUCCUCCCUUUUGGCCCUCAGGCUGUCUGUGUUCCUAUCUGUAUUUCUGUGUGUCUGUGUUCCCAUCUGUAUUUCUGUGUGUCUGUGUUCCCCCUGAGCCUCAGGGUUUCUGUCCUCCCAUUUGGGCCUCUGGGUGUCUGUGUUUCUGCUUGUAUGUGUUUCUAUCUCUGCCUUUGUGUGUCUGUGUCCCUGAGUGCGCAGCUGCUGCUUCCUCAGACCCCCAAAACGAUCCCGAAAGCUUCCCUGAUGACCCGGGUCCUGGUGAGGAGGCCCCAUCCCCCAGAGACAGGCAGACGGACGGUCCGGAUCACUGUGGCCAGGCCUGCACCACAGGGGAGCUCCAUGCUGCCGCUGGAUUCUACAGAAGCUGGCGGUCCUCGUUUUGAUGCCCGAGGAAUGGUCCUGCCACACAGCAUCCUGGGAACCCUGGAGAACUUUAAACAGGAUAUGGAGGCCAGAGGAGAGCUGGAGCUGGUGAAACGAGUGCCGGUCUCCGUAGGAGUAUGCCCCCUGCUGGAAGUGAUGCAGAAAGGCAGCCCUGUUAAGCAGCACUGUCCCCUGGACCCACAGAGCCAAGCUCUGCAUCACUGGGAGCAUCACAUGGUUGAGCGGCGGCGUCAACAAGCCUUUCUCUCCCGACUGCUUCACAAACCAGUGCAGACGCUGUUGAUGACCCAGUCUGACUGGUUCAGAGAGAUCCAAGAGAGACGGGAGCUGAUCAGCCGUGGGCUGCCUGCCCUGUGCGCUGGCCAGGGCUACCAUGUGGGCAGUGAGUUCUGGAACCUUCCUCAGAAUAUUGGUGAUGAGUUUAGUGGUAUUACCAGCACCCUGACCCGGAGGGAAAGGGGCUAUCCAGAGCCCAUCACUCGCAUUGGCCAGCCAAGGAGGAUACGUUUGGAAACAGGCAACGCAUUCCCAGAGGACUCCCCUUCUGCCUGCCGGACCUGGGCCCACAGCCUGUACUUGCAGCACCGCUGGCAAGAGCUUGGGGAGCUUCUCAUGGACCUCGGCUUCACACAGCCAGAGAUAGAUGGUCUGGAGGUAAUCGGGAGAAACCAGGUGUUCUCUGCUGAUACUGCAGAGUGCUGCUCCCUGUUGGAUGAAGACAAUAGGGAGCCGGUAGAGGAGGAGAAAGAAACAGUGAAGAAGGAGAGCAGUGCAGAGCUGAAGAAUCCCCCGGUGGAUGAUGAUGACAUCACUCCAGACACAGCGCUUGUUCCGGUACUGCAUUUCUGCGGGCACCAUGUCUGCUGGACCGGCAGCUCGCCCUUGCACCAGGGGGUGGUGGGCGUCACUGGCCAGCUCAGCUUCGAGGCACCAAUAGGGCAGAAGGCCUCGUCCUACCUGGAGCUGCAUAAUGAGGGGAGUACAGCCAUCUAUUACUACUGGAGGCGCCAGACCCUGCGGCACAGCUUCAGGGAGGCUGGUGGGCAUGGCUACAGGGAGACUGGCGGGCAUGGCUACAGGGAGACUGGAGGGCAUGGGCAUGGGCAGCGCUUCUACUUCAACAGCAGCACGGGCAUCAUCCUGCCCGGCGAGAUGCAACAGAUCCUCUUCACUUUUAAGUCGACCACGGCCGGCAUCUUCCGUGAGCUGUGGUGCCUGAAUACACACCCUGUACUUCUCAGCGGGGCCUUGCUGCAAGUGUCGCUGAGCGGGGUGGCCCUCCACUGGGAUGAGUCUGUGCAGCAGAGGGCCACUUUGGAGCGGGGGCUCCUGCAGAAGGAGGCAGCCUCAGUGUGCAGGCAACUACUGUCCGAGCUCCUGCAGGGGGUGCACUCUCCAGAGAGGCCCGACUCCCCUGCUGAGCACCGCCUCACAGAGGAAGGCUGCUUCUGCAAGGCCAACCCUCAGCUGCAUUACCAGCAGGGGGCCGUGCAGGAACUGAGGGAGCUGUGGGAGCAGGUGGCUCCUCAAGGGGGCGACCCCCACCACCGCGCCCCGGCUUGGGACUUCUCUGUGCCCAGCCUCAGACGGACCCUGCUGGCUAUGCCAGAAGGAGAGAGGGAGGGCUCAGUGCAGAGGCACAAGGAGAACGCCCUGGCCUGCUUCAACACCUUGGUACUGGAGCUCCAGCAGUUUCAUGAGCGGCCCCUGGUCCUAUCGCCAUACACCAUUGGGCUGCAGCUGUGGAGGGAGCUGUUAGACAAAAUGGUGAGUGAAGCCUUGUGGCAGAGACACUUGCUUGAACUUCCAGACAGGGACGCCUGGGCAGACAGCAGGCUGGAUCAGGCUGGCUUCAAAGUAAAGAAGGAGGACAAUUCGGAAAAGAAAGGAGGGAUUUCAAUAGAAGAGGAGGAGAAAAAAGGAGCAAUGAAGCAGCCAGGGAACGACAGUGCGACAGAGGAGCAGCUCUGCAAUAAGAGGAAAGGCCGAGAUGAGAAGCAUCACAGGAUGUUGUCAGGAGGAAGAGGCUUGAAGUGCGACCUUGUGGAAAGCCAAGAGGAACUUCAGGAGCAGUACCGCCGAAAACUGUACCAGCAGACCUACUUACUCUUGGAGGAGCUGGUGGACUCUCUGUGUGAGCUACUGGAUGAAGCACAGAGCUACUGAGCACAAUACAGUCCUCCUAGUUUAAUAAAUCAAGUGUGAUUGUCUACAAAGAAACAUUUGGAAUGAAAAUACAUUAAUAAUUUAUGUGCAGUUCAAUGUGUGUGCAUACGCACAUACAUACACACUCACACACACACACAAAUACAUAUGUGUGCGCAUGGUGCAUACAUACACACACACACACUCAUUUGCGCAUGUCGCACACACAAAUACACACACACAUGCGCAUGCAUGUCGCACACACACACAUGCGCACACACACACACACACACACAUAUGCACACAAGCGGAUUUAUAUUUACCAUAUUGUGAGGACCACAAUGUGAUAAAUAUCAUUUUUGCUUAUUGGGACAUUUUUCAAGUCUGCAGUUUAUCAAAUAAAAGGAAAAGUG